AUGGUGAAAUGCAAGAAAAACAAGGUUGAUGGUUUAAAAGACGCCUUAAGGAAAUGGAUAUUAGAGACUCGGAAUUUAUUAAAGCUGUUGACGAACUAUUACAAGACUCUUUUCACCGUAGUUCCUCUGUCAAUGUCGGCCUACUCUCAUGGUGCUUUUAACCUUUUUACUCAGAGACAUCCAAGUAUUUUAACUGCUCUUUUAUUGGACAUGGAGAUCAAGGUAUCUUAG